GCGGGGACCUGCGGUAUGUUCUCGAGUUACGGCGGGGAUUGCCCUUCAAAACUCGUGUUUAUUCAGUGACGUCAGGACUCCUGUCUAGUAAUGAGGGACACCUCAGUAAUCUCUUCGAGGACUGGCUGGGCACGAGGGACGCUUCUCGAGUGACAUCAGGACUCCUGUCUAGUAACGAGGGACACCUCAGUAAACUCUUUGAGGACUGGCAGGGCACGAGGGACGCUUCUCGAGGCGGGGACCUGCGGUAUGUUCUCGAGUUACGGCGGGGAUUGCCCUUCAAAACUCGUGUUUAUUCAGUGACGUCAGGACUCCUGUCUAGUAAUGAGGGACACCUCAGUAAUCUCUUCGAGGACUGGCUGGGCACGAGGGACGCUUCUCGAGGCGGGGACCUGCGGUAUGUUCUCGAGUUACGGCGGGGAUUGCCCUUCAAAACUCGUGUUUAUUCAGUGACGUCAGGACUCCUGUCUAGUAAUGAGGGACACCUCAGUAAUCUCUUCGAGGACUGGCUGGGCACGAGGGACGCUUCUCGAGUGACAUCAGGACUCCUGUCUAGUAACGAGGGACACCUCAGUAAUCUCUUUGAGGACUGGCAGGGCACGAGGGACGCUUCUCGAGGCGGGGACCUGCGGUAUGUUCUCGAGUUACGGCGGGGAUUGCCCUUCAAAACUCGUGUUUAUUCAGUGACGUCAGGACUCCUGUCUAGUAAUGAGGGACACCUCAGUAAUCUCUUCGAGGACUGGCUGGGCACGAGGUACGCUUCUCGAGUGACGUCAGGACUCCUGUCUAGUAACGAGGGACACCUCAGUAAUCUCUUUGAGGACUGGCAGGGCACGAGGGACGCUUCUCGAGUGACGUCAGGACUCCUGUCUAGUAACGAGGGUCACCUCAGUAAUCUCUUUGAGGACUGGCAGGGCACGAGGGACGCUUCUCGAGGCGGGGACCUGCGGUAUGUUCUCGAGUUACGGCGGGGAUUGCCCUUCAAAACUCGUGUUUAUUCAGUGACGUCAGGACUCCUGUCUAGUAAUGAGGGACACCUCAGUAAUCUCUUCGAGGACUGGCAGGGCACGAGGGACGCUUCUCGAGGCGGGGACCUGCGGUAUGUUCUCGAGUUACGGCGGGGAUUGCCCUUCAAAACUCGUGUUUAUUCAGUGACGUCAGGACUCCUGUCUAGUAAUGAGGGACACCUCAGUAAUCUCUUCGAGGACUGGCAGGGCACGAGGGACGCUUCUCGAGUGUUCUCGGGGCAUCUCUGGAGGUGCCUGAAGGAAGUCAAGCCACUGGUCGUGUUGAAUGGGGAAUGGCGGUUGGCUCUGGAGUCAAUGCAGUGGAAUCGGGCCUCACCUCGAGUUGAUUUGUGGCACAUGGAUCUACUUUGCGUUGCUGUGGUGACCUCAGGGUCCAUCUAG